AUGGAUGAAGAGCCAUCCGAGAAACUUUCACACAGCAAGGUCCUAGACCAGUCUCUAUAUGUCGAUUCCAAGGAGACCACUGAAGAGUUUGACAACAAACGAAAGGCUAUCGAGAAUGCAUGUCAGAGUCGGGAUGUCGAAGCUCUAGUCGUACAUGCUACCUCCCCAGGUGGGCUUUUGACGGACAAGCUUCGUCAAGCUGUAUGGCCUAUAUUGCUCGGUUAUGACACUGAGAAAGAAGAGUUGAGAGAAUACAAGCCGGACUGGAAAAUGCUACCGCGACAUGGCGAUGAGGACCAGGUCGGGCUUGAUGUCAACCGAUCAUUUGUCUAUUAUCCGCAAUGCGAAGAAGGAGAGUUGGACGAGAGAAAAAAGCAAUUAUCGGAUCUAAUUACCGAGACUCUACGACGCUAUCCAAUGCUCUGCUAUUUUCAGGGCUAUCAUGAUAUUGCACAGGUCCUGCUCCUGGUUCUGGGGGCUCAGCUCGCUCGGCCUGCCUUUUCAAGAGUAUCUUUGCUGCGCAUACGAGACUACAUGCUUCCGUCAUUGUCCCCAGCCUUGAAACACCUUCAUCUUAUCCCAGCCAUACUUGAAGUCACAGAUACAAGGGUUCGAAGGCAUUUAGCGGGAACUCAGCCGUACUUUGCUUUAGCAGCUGCUUUAACACUUUAUGCUCAUGAUAUCGAAGAUUAUCAAGAUAUCGUCCGACUCUACGACUUUUUACUCGCUCACGAGCCGGUUGUUGCGAUAUAUCUAUUUGCAGCCAUCAUCCUCAGUCGAAAAGAUGAACUUUUAAAUAUACCGAUUGAAGAGCCAGAAAUGCUGCACUUUACGUUGUCAAAGAUGCCGCAACCGCUGGACCUAGAAGGCUUGAUAUCUGAUACAUUAAACCUCUAUCAAAAAAACCCACCUGAAUCCCUUCCCUUCCGAGUUUGGAGGCAGCUUCCGCGAAGCAGCGUACUCAAAACAUCUCGCACGGUUGGAGAACACGCCGAUCUCAACGAAGCCGAGAACCAUUUUUUCCAGCAAACAAAAGAGCUGCGAAGAGAGGAAUUCCGAAAACAAACAUAUGCACUCCUGUGGCGAUAUCGAAGACCAAUGGGUGAACGAACAGGAUUCCGGUUUAUUUCUGAGAUGGCCAACCAAGGCUACGACGUCGUCGUGGACGUUGAUGCGGAGGGCGACCUCGGUCACACUGAUCUCCAAGAGGAUCUUGAAUUCCAUCCAUCAAACUUCGAAAGCGACCCCCGCAGUGCGAAAAUCCAAGCCGACUCACAACCCUUCCUAGGCAACGAUGGCGGCCCAUCACGCAGCGGCGGCGGUGGAGGACUCUCAUCUGGCAGCAACGUCGGCGGAAAGCGUCAUCUCUGGACAAUCCAAUACUACAGCCAAUUCUUCGACGUGGACACCAACGAAGUCGUCCGCCGCUGCGUCGCUGCUGUAUACCCACGCUCCAACUUCCUAGACGUUCUUGACGGAAAUCCGGAUUUGUACGGACCAUUCUGGAUCGCGACUACGGUUGUGAUUAUUCUGUUUUUGACGGGGACGAUAUCUCAGUAUUUGGCGCAUGAGCAUGAUGAGCAUUUUGAGUAUGAUUUUCGACUGCUUUCUGGUGCCGCGGGCCUGAUAUAUGGGUAUACGGGCGUGAUCCCCAUCGCGCUUUGGGGAGCGUUACGCUGGUUCGGCAGUUCGAGCGCUGAUCUGAUCGAGUGCUGGGCUCUGUAUGGGUAUGCGAAUCUGCUCUGGAUUGCGGUUGCGUUGGCAAGCUGGAGUCCCCUAACGGCAUUGAAUUGGGCUCUGGUUGGUGUCGGAUUUGCGUGGACGGUGUUUUUCCUCCUGCGCAAUUUGUAUCCCGUGCUUAGUGCGACGGAUGCGAAGACGAGCAAGAUUUUGCUUAUAUUGGUGGUUGUAUUGCAUGUGGGUUUGGCUAUUGCCAUCAAGGUCUUGUUCUUUGCUCAUGGCAGCCCUGUCUCGAAGAAGAACAAGCACGAUGACGACGACAAGGACGAGAACCAUGAUGACAGGCGUAUGUUUUUCUAG